GUCCAGAGACCACCUGUGUUAGCGUCUCUUAAGGAGAGGAUGCCAGCCUGGGCCAAAAUGAAAAAGGAGAGCAAGGGACAACUGAUUUUGGUAGAUGUAGAGGUGUUCAGAAGUAGAGUAGGGGCCCUUAUAGACCCAGGGGCUACCCGUAGUUAUAUCAGCCGUAGGGCGCUGAAGAAGUUGAGGCCGGGACUAAAAGUCCAGAAGUUCGUAGACCCCAUAGUUAGUGUCCUCGCAGACAACCGCACGAUGCGAGUUGAGGACUACGUAGAGGGAGUCCAGGCGUACUUUCGCCUAGAGAAGGAUGGGAAGGUGGAGAAAGUUCUCCAUUCCCUGACUCUCCUCGUACAAGAUGACCUUCCUUUUGAUAUAGUGUUGGGAAUGGAUUGGGGAGAGGCAGCAGGGGCCACACUUCAUCUGAGAGAGCAUGAGUGUAGGCUCCCUAGUCCGGCGGGCGAAGUUAAGACUGCCCGCUUGUUCCACGUUUCGGGUGUAGACAACACUUUGGCACAUUGCUGUCUCGGUGCUCCCGCGUUCGCACGAUUAGUCAAAAAGGAGCAAUUAGAAGACCAGGUCUUUGUAGUUUAUGUUAGACCUGUCACAGAGGGCCAGGAAAAGAAUGGUUCCACAGAUCCAACAAUUGCCAAGCUGCUGGAAGAGUUCCAGGAUUUGACUGAGUCGCCGACAGGAGUAGUGCCGCGACCCAUCCAACACAGGAUAGAGAUAGAGCCUAGCAUUACAACUCUUAAGGGUGCAGUCUACAGGAUGUCCCCUAGAGAGUUAGAGGAGCUUCGCAAGCAGUUAGAUGAACUCCUUGAGAAGGGUUGGAUCAGGCCCAGUUCGUCUCCUUUCGGAGCACCAAUUUUGUUUGUCCCCAAGAAGGAAGGAGAACUUCGUAUGUGUAUAGACUAUAGGAGUUUGAACGCGAUCACAGUAAAGAACGUUGAGCCGCUGCCCAGGAUAGACGAUCUUUUAGAUCGGGUGCAGGGUUGUAAGUAUUUCUCUAAGAUAGACUUAAAGUCCGGAUACCAUCAAAUAGAGGUCCAUCCUGAUGAUCAGUACAAGACUGCGUUCCGGACUAGAUAUGGGCAUUAUGAGUUUAUAGAGAAGGAGAUAAAUGAGUUUUAUGCGAAGCAAUAUGGGUGGAAAGCUCAACACCACAACAAUGACAUUCAGGUGCGAAAAGAGGGUUACAAUAAGCAGUUUGAAUGGCCUAAGACUUACCUGCCAAAAGCGAUGAAGAGAUCUGAGAGCAAGCGAAAGGCGAGUUCUGCAAGAACAGGAGAGGAAAUGGGAGAUGAAGAGCUAAGAGAGGAUGCACGCAGGCAAGCAGCGAUCUUGGAGGCUCAGAUUAAUGUCCUCAAAGAGCAGAAUCGUGAGCUGGGUGAAGAUACAACGAAAUUAGAAAACAUAGCUUAUGCGCCACAUAAAGAAAUUGAAGCAGCAGCGAGGCUAUAUGCCAGAAAUUCACCCAGACGCAGGGUAAUCAUCCCCUUCAAGUGGAAUGAAGUCCACAAGGAUUGGGAGGUGGCAAUCCAUCGCUCGUUGGCGCUGGUCAUGAUAGAUGAGGCCAACUGCUCUGGUCAGGCCCUGGAGGGUAUGAUCUCAGAAGAUCUGCCAGCCCACGCAUAUGGGAUAGGGGAUUGGAAGCAGGGAAAGGAGGAAAGUGCAGACACAAUGGGCACAGUGCAGACAAAAGAUUACAGGCCAAUAAUGUUCAAGCUGCAGGAAACGGCGAAGUUGAGUGAGGGCCUAAUAUGGAUGCCAUGGCGGGUGGUGGAGACCGUUCCCUACGGACUGUUAGGGGGGUUGGUGAUGGCAGAGCGGGUGGCCAGAAGUGCGCCGUUAGUACUAAAAACUGAUGCCUUUUCGUGGAAGCCAGAGUACAUUGAGAAGAGGAUUGCAAGGGGAGCAACAAGGUUGGAUCUAUUAGAGACAGGGUCUUGAACACCUCUCAAUGAAAGAAGGGUGGACAG